AUGACUCGCAGUGUGCUGGAACAGACGGGGUCUCCCAGCGCGAGCAGCGACUCGUCGCCUGUGCUUGUUGCAGCGCCAGAGUGCCAGCGAUCGCCCGGUCGUCCCGUGGAGACAGAGGAAGACGAGUCGGAUGGCGACGAAGUAGAAGCGAUUGAAGCGAUCGAAGCGAUUGAAACGAAGAAUGCAAGCGACACUGAGAAAAAGCGAUCGUCGCGUCGACUGCAGACCAAGCUGGGCGUCGCUCGAAUGCCCUUGUCGUCUACGGAUCACGAAGACGCCAAUAGCGUCUCGUCCUUGUCGACCUCGCGCUAUGCGUUGCGCACGCGGCACGUCAACUCGGAGCGCUUUGACGAGUCCAUUUACAAUGACGUGUUUAUGAACUCGAUUGCGGCUUACCACGAUCCGACGCCAGCUGUGUCUUCCAUGAAUAGCAAGAAGCGUAGACGUUGUCGUGGCAGGAGUCGGAACCGCCGUGCCAAUCGACUUCGUUGCCGCGUAGACGAAGAGGAAGACGAUGAGGAGGAGGAGGAGGAAGACGAUGAUGAAGAAGGGGAUGACCCGCUGGGUCAGGAGAUGAGCAUGCGCGAAAUAAACAAAAAGAUCAAAAUGCAGGGUCGUGAAGAACGAGAAAGGUCACAGGUGUUACCACGACAAGGCCGCCCGCUUCGUUAUGCUUUACGGUCUCGAGGUAGUCUCACUAUGAGCGAGGAGAGCAGCGCGUCAUCGUUUUGUCGUAGGACAAAACGAUCGCCGCUGGGGUUAGGUGUAACAGAUAACGACCACGCGGAGGCCGAACAUGACAGAGGAGAAGACGAGGGCGUGCAGUCCGAAAAUGACGAUGCGAACUCUGAAGAUGCAGGUGGUGACGACGACGACGAUAACGUCGAAGAAGAACCAGCACGUGCGGGUCGUUACUACUUGCGGCAGCGUCGACAAGCUCCUGUCGGCAACAGCAUGACUACUCGAAGCCGAUCCAAGGUUGGCUCAGUGCCUGCGUUUGAACGUGGAGAUACAUCGCGACGAUAUUCACUUCGUGACCGAUCGAAGACGCACCGAACGGGCACCAAUGAAGAUGUGACUGCCUCGCCGGAGACUCCAGCUUACGCAGAGUACCUGAAGCGACGAGCUGGUCGCACUUCGAGAAGAAUCCGUGGCGGUCUUCCAAAGGUGGUCGAAGAAGUGGAAGCUCACGCGCCGAUAUCAUGCCUGUGGAAGUAG